AUGGGCAAGAAGAAGUUUAAGAUGCCUACGGUUCAACAAUUUCUGGAUAAAAAGAGGUUAUAUAGUAAAAAGAAAGAUCUAGAAUGGGUUUAUUUAGAAGAAGAAAUGCUUAAAAAUCAAGACAAGAAGCCAUAUAACAAGAAAGUUCAUGAUUGGCUCCAGUAUUUAAAGGAAUUGCGACAUUAUUACCAUGCUGAAAGCGUUCGUAAAGAGAAAAGGUUACUGAGAGAAGCCGGCCCCUCUUGGUACUGCGAGUUCUCCACUGCCCAAAGGGCUGUUUUGGCCCAACUUAAAGCCUAUAUACACCAGGACUUACUAGAAGACAUUCCUCGGCGGACGCGAAAGGCUUUACACGAUCUUGGUCUAACGCAGCUUGCAAAUAAAAUUCCCAAAAAUGUAUUACUAAAGACACUUGGAGAUUCUAAGGAGGAUCCGGGGGUGUUUAUAUGGAAUCUUUACACUGCAGUUUUCAACCAAUCUCCUAGCGAAUUGCGAUUCAAAUAUGACACAACCGGAAGGAUUUUAAUGUCGUGUUUAGUGUUUAUUGAUUUAGAGGAUUGCGUUGAAAAAUUAGAGAAUUUAACGCGUUACAAAAAGGCGCCUCCGAUAGUGAAAGAACCGAAAAAACAGCAGUACUAUGAACCAAAAGUGAGAUACGGACAGUACUUACAACGAAUGUACGUUCCGCUAUACACUACUGUUAAAAAGAAGAAGAAGCCAGAACCUUUACCUCUAGGAAACAAAUUACGACUUAGGAGUAAAGAAAGCUACGAAGACUUAAGGAAGGAUACCGGCUUUUUGGUAAAACGAUUACUAAGAAAUCAGCAUGAACAACAACAGGAGAGAGUUUGUAAUUAUAAAUUCUGGGAACCACCUAGUACUUUGCGUAAUACCGACCCAAAGAUGGUUGCUUAUGUGAACAAGUUAAAAAUGUUGAAGAGAAAAGCCAAAGCAAAAUUUAAGGCUCCUUUCAAAAAUGCUCAAUUUCAGAUUGGAGGUGUUAGUUUUACGGGUGGCAGACCUAACUAUUGUGUAAACAACGUUGCUCUCCUGCCCUCGGGGUACAUUUUAAUUAACGCUGGAUUAGCCGUUGUUCGUGGAGAUUAUGUUACUUGCAUAGCGGGCUUCUGGAUUUACCCGAGAAAAGAGGUUGAAAAGUGUGACGCGAAAUGCGAUUGUUUGACGAAAUGGGAACAACCUGUAAUGGAAUUUUUAAAAGGCACAAAGUGCAAAUGCGGCCAUCUUUACGAUUUAUAUAAUGAGGGUAAACCAUCAGAGAAGUUCUUUUAUCCGCCGGACAAGCACGGACCAUUCUGGAUAGACAAGGCGAAAGUUUUCCAAAUGGAUCCUAUGGAAGACUUUAUCAAGGAUACAUUCAGAGAGGGAUUGAAGUCUGCUCCUUCUACGGUUGCCAGUCCAGAACCGUCUAUAUCAGCGUCUGGAUUAAAAGAGAGCGAGCUUUUAGCGGCGUUUUUGGCUGAUCUUUCGGAUACAUAUCUUGUAAUUCCCCAUUUGCCGGAAGCUAAUCUCUUGAAUAAUCUUCAAGAAUGGGUCAGGAAUCGAGUCAAGGGUCCUCUCACACCUAAGCAGCAUAGACGCUUAUACCUAAAUUCACUACGGAGAUGGCUAGACUUAAAACAUGUGGAUCACAGGGCCCGGGCCUAUUCUAUACCAUUUACGUUGAAGCAAUUGGAGCAUUUUAGUUGGCAACACCGACGUAUGGUGCAAGAACUGUUUCAGGUCUUAUUAGACAAUUUCGUAACAAGAAACAGGCUAAAGCAAGUAGUACAAACUCGCAUGUGGUGGCCAACAACGAAAUAUGACCAGUACCCUGGAAAACCAUUCCUUGACAUAUUUUUCACAUAUCUUCCUCCCAGAAUGCAAGACGUAUACUUCGUUAAUCCUUACAGUCCUCAACUCACACCAAAAUAUGGAGCUAAGACAUGUCCUUUGUCUGUUUAA